AUGAGGAUACGACUUCCCUUUGCCGGAACCUUCUUCGCCCUCCUCCUGGCAGCCGCCUACAUGGGCCUAACGCCGCUGCACCUCGAGACCUACAUCAACGACAAGGCCCUCCACCUCGCGCUGCUGCCCAACGGCCGCGUCUUCGACCUGCUCGACAUCGCCGCCAACGUCGCCGGCUCGCUCGCCCGGCCUCGGCCUGUGCACGUGGACGACGGCGAGGAUCUCGAGAUGGGCGUCGGCGGGCUGCAGGAGGACGGCGUCGUUGACGCUGCCGGGGCGCGCUCGCUCGAGGACGAGGUCGACAAUUGGGAUGAGAACGCCGUCGACGAGUGGGAUGAGGACCUGGGCCGGGAGGACGUCGCGGUGGGCAGGGGGAAGGAGGCCGCUGCUGCCGGUGAUUUGGGCGACAUUGGCGACUCGAAGAAGCGCAGCGAUUGA